AUGGCUUCGGCUACCAUCGCUCUGAACGCCUACAUAUUCGGCUAUGGUGGUCAUUCUCUGGUCACGCCUCACACCGCACUGAAGCAGCUAUGGUGGACUCACGAGCGGAUUGAGCAGAAAGUCACAAGAUCUUUUGUGGUUUCCAAGCUGCGAGGCGAGGAGCGACAGUUCCUCGAUAGACCGCUGGCAUUUGGCGAAGGACUUACGGACGACACAUACAUGGAAUGGAUACUUGACCGUGCGAGACGACUCUUCCUGAUACUCACAGAGAUAGGCGUGCCAGACCAGAUCUUUGGCUGCAUUGACGACUCAUGGGACGACGACGAUCUGCCAUUACCAUUUGACAGUGUGGCAAGCUUGGAGCUGGCGUAUGAUGACGACGAAACACUCAAUCACAGAUUCCAUAAUGCACAAUUUGUCUACAUGCUACGAGAAGUACAGCCCGGCACACAUAUUGAUUACGGACCAAAGGAGCACAUACCAAUGGAGUAUGUCAACACACUGCCACCAGCCGUGAGCCUGCAGUCCUGGGACCGCAUACACUUUCCUGGAAGGCCGGAGGAGAUAUACAUGCGAAGGAGAUAUAUUUUGGUCGACAAAGAGAACGAUUGUAGCUACUUCCAAAGCCUCAUGAAUGAUGUACAGACAGCUCAAACCUUACGGCACGAGCAUGUUGCCAGCAUAUGGGCUUCAUACACUUCAGAUGAUGCUGGCUACAUUCUGUCCGAUUUUGUCGCCGAACAUACUCUCAGCACAUAUAUCGACCAUAGGACACCCAUGCAGCUGAUGCGCGUGCCAGCUACAGAGCGACCGAGCAUGAUUCUCGAAUGGCUGCACUGUCUCGCAGACGCACUGGCAUCUCUGCAUCACCGCGGCAGUGCACACGCAGCCAUAAGACCAUCGAAUAUCAUUAUCGACCACGACAACCACAUCGCUUUCGCUGAUGUAGGCACCCUUCGCACCUUCCAGCGCGGUAAGAAGCCAUACAAGACCGAGACAUAUGACUAUGCAGCACCAGAGUCCCAGAUCUGUCAGGCGCCCAUAGUCUGUCCCUCGAGUCCACCAGCAAGUAGUAUGUCCGCUUUCAACAAGCUACGUAAGAUGAGCUCAAGUGGUAGCAGCUCCUCUGCAUCAUCAUCGACCACCAACAGUAGCACACGAAGCAAUAGCAUGUGUGCGACAACGCCUGCGACACCGGUCACGCCACCUUCUCCACGCAGAUCGAACAGCCUCAAGACCAUCGUCUCCGCCAUGUCGCCAUCGCCAGGACCACGGCCAUCUCUGAGCAGCAGCAUGCGUAAUUUCAGCCGCCACCUCCAAGAUCCUCCCUGCCCAUCACCAGGCCUACCCACCCUGCCCAUGUCACCCGACUAUAUCACCCCGGUCACCAUACUACCUCGUCCAACAGCCAUCGACUACAACGCUCUCCGUGACUUACCCGAAGCAACACCAGAGAUGUCAGACGUCUAUUCACUGGCCUGCGUCUUCCUCGACCUCAUAACUUUUAUCCUGCGAGGCAAGACAACAGACUUCAUACGCUUCCGCGCAACACGUAUGCAAGCUACAAGCGGCCGACAAAAGUUCCGCAUAGAUCACAGUUUCCAUUGCAACCCCUAUCAAAUCGAAGCUUGGAUGGCUCUGCUGAAGGACGACAGCCGCAAGCAAGCUAGUGAAAAUCCUGUCUUCCGUGGUAUACCUGCGCUCCUGGAUAUGCUGAAGAGGAUGAUGAUGCAGAACGCGCAGCUACGUCCCAUAGCAAGAGAAGUGCGAGAUCGAAUUCAAGAUAUACUCGUAGAUCAAUGUGGUAUUGAGCAUCUGUGCUGCGCAGGCAGGGAGUGGAAUCUACCUAUGCCGGAAGUACCUGGUGGAGCGUCUAGUGGGGACUCAUUUAGUAUACGAGCGGGGUCUUUGGCUUCGCCACCAAGGAAGUUGGGUCAAGAGUCGAGGCUGAGAAGGGAUGUGGGUGAUCAGAUGAGUGUCAUUAGUCGAGUUGAGUCAAGGGCUUCGGCGUCGCCUGCUAAGGUGGAGUCAAGAAGGACAAGUGGUGGAAGUGUGGCUACAGCGACAAUCACUUCUUGGAGGAGGGCCUUCAGUAGGUCGAGGUAA